CGCGGGAAUCCAGACCUCAUAUCGUCAUUUUCACCACCUGUUAGCGUACGAUAGCUUCUCUUUCUUCCCAUAUGACAUUUUGCGCACACUGCAUUCGGGCUCACAGUGAAUCGUCGUCGGGUUUCGACUCCAUGGACUUGGGCGUGAGCGUUCCUUAAACCCUUUAACCUCCUUUCUACACCUCCUCCAAAUGACAUCUAACCUCGACGCCGACGCCGACGCCUCCACCGCCAAGCGCAAGCUGGAUGAGUAUUCCGAUGACGCUUUCUCUGCCGAGUGUUUGAUUCCCGCCGCCGUCAGGAUGCGUAAGGACCAGGCUGGGCCCACCUCGGCGGCCGAUUCCGCUCAGGUGUCCGACCUCCGCUCCUCCUCUGCCGCCGCUGUCUCCACCUCCCGAUCAUCGGCGUCCUCUGCGUUCGCUUCGUUUUCGCGGUUGCCCAUGUUUUCCAGUCAGUUUCAAUUCUUUGUCCGCCCGUUGUCUGGUGGGAGUACUCUAGUCCUCCGAGCCAAUUCCGACGACUUAGUGGAAUCAAUCCACGAUAAAAUCUGUACCAGCACCAAAAUUCCGGUGUACGAGCAACGGUUGAUAUACAAAGGGAAGCAACUUCAAUGUGACCAGACGUUGGCCGAGUGCGGUAUUCAGAACGACGCCAUAUUACAGCUUGUGGGACGGAUGCGGAGCACGGACCACCCUCAGGCCUGGCAGUUCAUAGAUGACAUGGUUUGGAAGAUUUUUGAGCUCUGCAAGAGCAAAACUCUUCAACCCACCGGGUUCAUAAAGACGAUGCUUAUGGAAUUCAUUGCAAAGAUCCCAAGGGACUAUGUUGAUAAAGCCUCUGGAUACCUACAAAUCUUCCUCUCAUCCGGUGCACCUGCGGCUCUGGUAUUUCUUUAUAUGUCUCCAGUUAUGCAUUAUAGAGAUUGUGCAGAAGAAUCUAUUCGUACGUUUGUUAUUUCAAGCAAGGCUAAUUUGAAUAAGCCUAUGUACGUGCAUUUUGCCCCUAUAAUCAUAGAUUUCUGUAAAUUGUUGAAUAGGGCUGUUGGUGUUAAUGAUCCUUUGUAUAAUCUUUGUCGGAGUAGCUUGGGGUCUAUAAUGGAGUCUGUUGGUAAGGAUUUGAUAAAAAUCGAAGACAUUUUGCCAUUUCUUAGUGAAUUAGCAAGCAAAUUAUCAGAAAAUUUAGGGUUGAGUGCGCAGUCCAGUACUUUUAUGGGGCCAUCAGCAAAUGAGGUGAAUGAUUUCAUUGCCUUUAUGCACCCAGUAAAGAAUGUAAUUGUGGUUGAAGUAACAUGUGCUGGCCCUAUCACUUUGCCAUUGCGGGAGGGCACUUGUGAUGGUGAUCAUGGGAAGCAUUGUGCAUCAUACUACAGGGAGGAGAUUAAACUGUUGCAUUCCAUUUUUGUUGAUUUGCUGGAGAAAAUGGAGCUCUGUUUAAGAAGAAUGGAGGAACGAUUAAGAGCAAGAGAGAAAGGAGAAGCUGAACCUUUUGUGAUUGGAUGGUGCCAGUAUCUAGCUAUUUUAAAAGAACUGAAUGGUAUCGCCAACCUUUUCAAGGGUGCAGAUGAGCUAUUUUGGGAGAUGUUGAGGCAGAGAAAGGUUUCUUUGUGCUAUCUUGUUGUUAGAUUUGCAAAGAAGAGUGAUGAUCAUAGCUGGAUUAUGAAGCACAAGGAAGUGACUAAUUUUGAGGCAAGGAGGCAUUUGGCUAUGAUGAUGCUUCCUGAGGUGAAGGACGAGUAUGAUGAGCUGCAUGAGAUGCUCAUUGACAGGUCCCUGCUGUUACGAGAGUCAUUUGAAUACAUUUCACAUGCAGACCCUGAUGCUCUGCGUGGUGGUUUAUUCAUGGAAUUUAAGAAUGAAGAAGCUACAGGUCCAGGUGUUUUAAGGGAAUGGUUUUUCUUGGUAUGUCAAUCAAUAUUCAAUCCUCAAAAUGCACUCUUUAUAGCUUGCCCUAAUGAUUGUAGAAGGUUCUUUCCAAAUCCAGCAUCUUCUGUGAACCAAUUGCAUCUUGAGUAUUUUAGAUUUUCUGGCCGAGUGAUUGCACUAGCAUUGAUGCAUAAAAUACAAGUUGGAAUUGUCUUUGAUCGUGCGUUCUUUUUACAAUUGGCUGGAAACACGAUUUCAUUGGAAGAUAUUCAGGAUGCAGAUCCAUUUUUAUAUAAUAGCUGCAAGCAAAUAUUGGAGAUGGAUGCGGAAUUAGUGGAUCAAGAUACUCUAGGUCUUACAUUUGUCUCUGAAAUUGAGGAAUUGGGCUCCCGGAAGACUGUUGAACUUUGUCCCAAUGGGAAAAGUACUGUUGUAGAUAGUAAGAAUAGAAAGCAAUAUGUUAAUCAUCUUAUUCAGCACCGUUUUGUCACAUCUAUAGCAGAACAGGUAGCCCAUUUUGCUAAAGGUUUUGCAGACAUCAUUAGUAACUUCAACCUUCAAAGAUCAUUCUUCCAGAACUUAGAUCUUGAAGACCUUGACUCGAUGCUUUAUGGGAGUGAAACCUCUGUUUCUGUGGAAGACUGGAAAGCACAUACUGAUUAUCAUGGCUUCAAAGAGAGUGAACCUCAGAUAUCCUGGUUUUGGGAGAUUGUUGGGAAAAUGACAGCAGAGCAGAGAAAAGUUCUUCUGUUUUUCUGGACUUCUGUAAAGUUUUUACCGGUAGAGGGUUUUAGAGGCCUGCCUUCUAGGCUUUACAUCUACAGAAACUCUGAGCCAUUUGAUCGCUUGCCCUCCUCACACACAUGCUUCUAUCGCCUGUGCUUCCCUCGUUACCCGUCCAUGGCUGUAAUGCAAGAUCGGUUUGACAUCAUCACUCAGGAGCAUGUAGGCUGCAGCUUUGGCACAUGGUAACCCUUGUGGUUUUAGGGAUCAAAUGAUUCUUGAUUGCACAUAGAUAUGUACUCAGGUUGUAUAUUAUAUGGAACAUAUACAUUAUAUUAUAUAGGAUAAUCUUAAUCCAUUUAUUGAAACUUGAGCACUUGACUGUUGUAAAACUGUCAUACCAUUUUGUUUACCUUGAUAAAAUUUGUAGCAUUUAGUGCCC